AAUUUGUCGCCCAAGAGGAGAGGUGUGCGCAACGAGACGCCUUCUUCCUUUUUGACUUUUUCUUUUUUUUAACUCGUCGCCCCGAAAGGCCCCAAGAAGAAGAGGAAGAAUUAUUCGCAUUUGUGUUUGUUUCCUCUUUCGAAAAGUCGAAAAGACUUGUACUCUGGUUCAGUCCAAUCUGUGCUCCACUGGAUAUAUCCAUGGAAUCGCUCGCCACCAUCCACUUGUGACGCAUUCCACUUCUCGUUGGCUGGUCGAAACUCGUACGACCGAAAACAGAUCUCAGCAACGUUCAUCAUAGCGCGUGGCUUGUGUGAACCACCCGAUAAUCUAUUGCCCAGCACCUAUCAACCGUCUGUCCAUCCGUCAUUCAUUUAUCCAUCCAUCCAACCAAUUAACCAAAACAACCAUCCAUCCAUCCAUCCAUCCAUCCGUCCGUCCAUUGAUUUAGUGAAUCAUUGAAGCGCCCGAGACGACGCCGUAUUUCUAACUUUGCACUUUCGUUGUUUCGGUCAAACGCCAGACGCAGCACGCACAGCCACCGACUGCUCCGGUCCACCCCCCUUACACACAGCGAAAGGAGAAAACUGUUCAGCAGCUGCGUCUGCCAGCGAAGCCCAUUGCGAAUUUUCUCCAUCAGCAGCGUUUCGGCCGGAACGAGACUCGAGAGAGUGGGCGUCAAGAAAGGCAAGAAAAUCAGCGGCUGUUGCAAAGUAAAGAGACGGGAAGAAGCAUUAUGUUCUGAGCGUGAAAGAGAUAGAGAGAGAGAGAGAGAGAGAGGCUAUCGUUGGAAAUCGAACAGACAGACAGACAGACAGUUGCAUUUGGCAUUGCUUGUGUAUAGAAUGGCCGGAGGAGAAUGCAAGACGCAUCAGCACGGCUGCAAGCUAUCGCUCUCACUGCUUCGCUCUUUCCGCAUCAUCAGCAUUCGUCAAGUGUCGAUAGCUUAAUUGCACACGGCGACGACUGGACUAAAUAACAAGCGAGUGAGUUUCAUCUCGUAUAUUUAGACCCCCCUCCGAUCUUUUCUUGCCCGUUUCAUCCAAUCUACAGUUCGCGUCUCUAUCAAAAAGAAUCGAAUUUUCAGAAAAGAAAAGGACCAUUCCAUAAAAAAGACGACAGCAAUCAGCCGAUCCAUUUCAGAUUUCAUUCAUUUCAUUCAUUUACUUCGCCGCUCCGUAAUUAACUGGGCGUCGAUAUCUGGCGUUGAGUUGAGCAGCCAGCCGCCAGUGGAGGAGAGGAGCGCCAUGCAUCCGCCCGUGUGUAAUAGCAGCAGCAGCAGCAGCAGCAGCAGCAGCCGCCCGUCAAUGUUGCGCCCAGCAGCCAUGCGAUCGCGUCGCGACGCAACAACGAGAAGCAGUGCGGCCCUGGUGGCUUUGCUGGCCCUGUGUUUGUGUGAGGUUGGAUCUGUUCUAGUCGCCAAAGAGAGUGCCGCCGUCCAGCAGCCGGGUGCCGGGGUCAAAUCGAUGCUCUCGCCGGCAAAUGUUCAGCCACAUCAGACGUGGCAGCAACAUCCGGAAAAGGAGCGCUCGGCUCCACGCAGCGUCCGCCGGAGUCAGUCGGCCGGCUGGAUCCAGUCGGAGGAGAACCAUGAUCAUCCGUACGUCCCUCACAGCAAGGCCUCGUCAUCUCAGCCAUCGUCGUCGUCGUCGUCGUCGUCGUCGGCCACAUGGAUUGAGCCGCUUCUUCGUCAGCAAUGGGAGCCGAUGAGCUCGAGCGACGAGCCGGAAGAGAUGACUGCGGCCGGAUCGAAUGAUGUGAUGACGAGCGAGGCUGUCGCCGUGGCUAAGCCGGUCUCUUGGCGUGACAACGAGCUGGUGGCCCCGUCGAGCGUCGACCAGGUAGACGGGAGCAAGAGCGGCGUCCAACAACUCAACUGGCACGAAGCACAGCUGGCCCGCCUCCACGGAUUGGGACCGGCGGAAAUCGCCGCUCUCUCGACGUGGCAGCACAAGUUGAGGCUUCAUCCGCUGCCUAAUCGGCUGAUAGCGACGACGGGCUGGCAGCACCAACACCAUCAGCCGCCAUCUUUUUCGCCCAGAAAUUUGCUGCCGCUCAAUGGUGGCAGCCACGGCCCAAAGUCCUCGCUGCACAGCCAACAGGUCCUGACGCCAUUUGACGACGACGCCGACGUCCCGCCCGGCAAACUAGGCGGCAACGGCGGCAACGGCGGCAACGGCGGCGGUGGCCACCACCCAUUGAAUCGCCUCCAGUACGUCCAGCAGAGCAACCAGACGCAGCCUGACGAGAGCCAAGACAAUUUGCUACUCCUGCCGCUCUGGCCCAAGCGCUCGACCUCCGACAUGAAGAAAUCCGACAGGGAGAACAACAGGAACCGCAAUGCAGCCAAUAACCGCAAAGAGAAGAGCGAGGCCGCCAACGCCGGACAGGUGCCCGGUGGCAAAGGCAAUAAAGCCAAGGGCUCCCGCAAGCAGCAGCAGCAGCAGCAGCACUCGCAAGAUUCCUCAUCGUCGCAUCGCCCGUUUUCAGGUGCGGCGACGGGAGCUUCGGCCCUGGACGGAGCGGCCCUGCAGCAGCACGAACACAAUGGCCGGCCUUCUGGAGGUUCGUCGCCGACGCCCGACGUCAAUCGGAUGAACCGCAAUCUGGCCACCCAGUUCCUGUUGCGUUCGCCGAGAGAAAACCGCCAGUACGACGUCCCAAUUAUCGAGUGCCCACCUGCCGAAGACGGAAUGGAGCGCUUUGCAUGUCCAACGCCGGAUAUCGUCGGGCGCUACCGAUGCAUCGACGAUCACGUUCUUUGUGAUGGUUUCAUCGACUGCCCUGGCGGCGAGGAUGAAGAUGGCCAAGCUUGCAUGUUCUACAAAACGAUGAAAGCACAUUUGGAUCUGGUGGCUGACGCUCUCUUACGAUGGGUGAGGGGUCGCUAAAUUGUGGAAGUGAGUCUAUCGGUGUUUCUCUGGUUUGAUCCGAGCUAACUACUGCACCAUUCGUCUUUUACUUUUUCUCUACACACCACUGGACACAUAAAACUAUAUCUCUUCACUAAACGAAAAAGAUAUUCUAAAUAUUCUAUAUGUACAAAACAAAAAACAAAAAAACAAAAUCGGAAGAUGUGUUUAGGAAAACUGUCCUAUCAUUCCCUCAUGUUCUCAUAUCCCUCUUACGAAUCCACAUCUAACACACACACACACACACACCUUUAAGGAGAAAAAAGAGAGACAUACGUAUACACAACUAUAGACACACUCUACACACUGACACGUCUCACGUCAUCUAAAACACGGCACUGCAUAAUGAAGAUAGGACCGGAUUAGGAGUGAAUAAAAUGCACGGAAAGGAACGCUGAAUCAUGUCUGACUCAGGGAAUGAACAAAAACAAAAACUAAACAAAACUAUGGCCAACUCACGUUAUGUAAACUCAAUAAAAGCAGACAAGUACCAGUUAUACUUAGAAGAUCUCGAUCCCUUCGUGGAUUUCGUUUUAGACACCGGAGAGAUUGGCAAGUUGACGGAAAGAAUUCAAGAAAUAAAAUAAAAAGAGAGAAAGAGAAAAAAAAAAACAACAUUUACGUAGGCCUUUUGAAACAUCUGUUUAUAUUCCAAGCGUUGUUUAAUUGCAAUUGGGGCAAGAUCUGAGCCCGUAAACAUUAGGUUUGGUUAUCCGAUCCCUGCACGCCUGGUGGGAGCCGCGGGGCUGCGAUGGGAUCGCCCUUUCCGCCUGUUCACGUCGUCCUUCUUCCAAUACAUUCUGAAUCGUUAAUAAUUUUGGGGCAAUACUUACGCUUUUUACGCCUUAGACCCGAUCCAAUGGCCGAUCCCUUUUCGUCACUCUCUAGCACCAUUUUCCUCUUCUAUUAUUAUUCUGUAUAUCGAAUUUACCAAGAGCAACAAAACAAGAGAUCGCACAUUGCUUCACGUGGUAUACUUGUUCUUAUUUUCAAGAAUCUAUUUUCAUUCCAGAAGAUAAACUUCAUUGAAUUUCUCUCACGCCACGUUAGUCAAAUAAAAAAAAGGGGGGAAAGAACAAGAGGCAGAAGUGAAAAUGAAAAAUUCAAAUAAAAAAGAAAAAAAAAGUAAAAAGCGUGAUAUCUAUACAUCUUGCUGACAAUCUCCGCUUCGUUCAUGUUCUUUUCGUUCGUUGUCUUAGUUUAUUCACAAAAUAAUGUCAGUUUUUUGCUCCUCGUGUUUUCAUUAUUCGUCUCUCAUAAUCCGACUUCGAUUAGAGUCCGUUGAAACGUUUCGUUUACAGACGCUGACAAUCCGUUCACCAGCAUUUCCAAUAACGUUCUUGAUUUCUUUAUUAGUAUGAUUAUUAUUAUCCAACAUAUUUCUGGUGCGUCGAGACAGCUUUUUGAUUUCAUUGUAGAUCCUCUUCAACCGAAAAGAAAUUCGAUUUAUAAAGAAAAAGUGACACCAACAAAUCAUGGACGACUUAUAUUCCAUAAAGAUAUGGUCGGAAACAUGGUAGAUUUCUUCGUCUCUUCUUUCAGAAAAAUUGCUGACUCGGCAAAGGAAUGAGCCCUGAUUGAACCUAUAUACAUGCAGCCAUCAAAACUCGCUUUCCUUUUUUGGCUGAUGAAAGAAAACAGAUGAAAAACUUAAACUUAGAGAUAUUGUUCGAAAUUUGGCUAUCUCUCCCUGUCGUGGCGAAAACUCGGGCAAUAUUACUUCGGUUUCAGAUCUUUUCAUCUGGGAGAAUCAAAGCUUUUGACCCAAGGCAGAUGUCAAAGUCUCGACUUGUGGCACCAUGAAACACACGUUAGCCGUCCAUAACAGAUUUUCAAAAAGGUUCAAUUAAAUACCGUUGUUGAAUCAGCAAUUGUGUACUUAGAAGAGUGUUGAAUGUUUUCCUUUCGCCAAUUUGAGCAGCUUGCUGGACGCAUUUUUAGAGGAACAACAUAUGAUUCUUCUUAUAUGUAGCUGUAUAAGAAGUACAUGAUUUAGUCAUCACUCGAUCAUUUCUUACAACACAGACGAUAAAAACAUAUUGUAUGUAAAACACCACCAAUUCUGAUACUCGUUCUACAUAUAUAUAAUUCUAAAUAUAUAUAUAUAAAUAUAUAUUGGUUAUGCUUUUCACCUCUAUUCAUUCCUUAUCACUCAAAGUCAACAAAAUAUGCCAACCAAUUCUUAAAUGGAAUUGGUUGAGUUUACUUACCCAUUUCAAUCGUUCCAUGCAGUACUCAAAUAUUCCGGAACUCUGUUUUCAGUGUGAAUUCCCCUUUGGUCCUCUAUCUUCUUUUAUUUCCCAUAUAUAUAUGCAUAUAAAUAAAUAUAUAAAUAUAUGGUUGUGAUCUCCAGUGAAAAACAAUUUUACGCUAUCAGUUUUUUUUUCUUUUAACUUUACUAAUCGGAAGUUCGCUGCUCCACGAUUCACGCAAUUCAUUAUAAUAGAGAUAAAUAUGAUGAAGGUAUAUACUACAAGCUGACUACAAGCAACGGAUUGAGAACCAAGUUAAUUUGAACUCAGCAGACAACACUUUCUCACUGAUGUAACCCCUCAAAUUGAUUCAGACUAAAAUAUCCAAAAGAUUUGACUUAACAAUAAUGGUGGACUGAGUCAUGUUGCAUGUUCUUAUCAGUGUUGAAGCAGUUUGGGGUAACCAUUGCAAAUAUAUACAUAACACGUAGCUUUUUUUUCUUUUAAACUUGAUCUGUUAGCCGCAACAUCUUCUGUCCUAUCUCUGUUGCCUUGGAUUUUCAACCGUUCUGCAAAAUGUCGUCAUCCUUUCCGAAAUUCUUCUCGAUGUCAUCAUAUAUUGCGGUCAAUACAAGUAACAGUCAGAUCCUCAUGAACAGA